AUGAAGUUUACUUUCAUCCUUGGGCAAACAACCUCUAGGAAAAGGCCGUUAGAACAGAGCCGCGAACAUUCUUCCGAAUCCAAGAGUAUCGACGAAUCUGAUAGUGAAAACUCAAGUGAGCUUGCAAAUACUUCAAGGGAUUCGGAGGUAAUCGAAAGAACCCCACGAAGGCGUCGUCGAACGCUUGUCCCAACCACUUCGCAGUCACCUUCGUUACCUACUAGAAGACGAAGGUCAACAUUGAGACCUGUUUCUGGACUGGGGUCAAUUCGGAAUUACUUCAGACCCGAGUCUGCUGAAUGA